AUGUCUUCUCUCGACCAAGAAGAGCAGCUCUACCUGCAAGAAGUAGAGGCCGUCAAGAAGUGGUGGGCCGACUCCAGAUGGCGGUACACCAAACGACCCUUCACAGCCGAGCAGAUUGUGCAAAAGCGAGGCACCAUCAAGAUCCAGUACCCCAGCAACGACCUAUCCAAGAAGUUGUGGAAGCUGAUUGAGCACCGGUUUGCGACCAAGACCGCUUCCGCCACCUAUGGCUGCCUCGAGCCCACCAUGCUGACCCAGAUGAACAAGUACCUGGACACUGUCUACGUCUCUGGCUGGCAAUGCUCGUCCACCGCAUCCUCGACGGACGAGCCUUCUCCCGAUCUGGCCGACUAUCCCAUGAACACCGUGCCCAACAAGGUCCAGCAUCUGUUCAUGGCCCAGCUGUUCCACGACCGCAAGCAGCGGGAAGAGCGCCUGACCACCCCCAAAGACAAGCGAGGCCAGGUGGCCAACGUGGAUUAUCUGCGGCCCAUCAUUGCUGACGCAGACACCGGCCACGGAGGUCUCACGGCCGUCAUGAAGCUCACUAAGCUGUUUGUCGAAAAAGGUGCCGCGGGCAUCCACAUUGAGGACCAGGCUCCAGGCACCAAGAAGUGCGGCCACAUGGCGGGCAAAGUGCUCGUCCCCAUCUCCGAGCACAUCAACCGUCUCGUCGCCAUCCGCGCCCAGGCCGACAUUAUGGGCGUCGACUUGCUUGCUGUGGCUCGGACCGACUCAGAGGCGGCGACCCUGAUUACCACGACCAUUGACUACCGCGACCACGCCUUCAUUCUCGGAUCCACUAACGCCAACCUUCAGCCGCUCAACGAUCUCAUGGUCGCGGCCGAACAAGCCGGCAAGAACGGUGAUGAACUUCAAGCCAUCGAAGACAGCUGGAUCGAGCAAGCGGGCAUCAAGUUGUUCGACGAGGCUGUGGUCGACGCCAUCAACGCCGGGGUUCACGUGGACAAGGCAGCCCUUAUUGAGAAAUACAAGGCCGCCUCCAAGGGCAAAUCCAACAGUGAAUGCCGCGCCAUCGCCAAGGGAUUGACCGGCGUUGACAUCUACUGGGACUGGGAUGCCCCCCGGACAAGAGAAGGGUUUUACAGGUACCAGGGAGGGUGCCAAUGCGCGGUCAACAGGGCGAUCGCCUAUGCGCCAUAUGCAGAUAUGAUCUGGAUGGAGAGCAAGCUGCCCGAUUACGCCCAGGCUCAGGAGUUCGCCGAGGGCGUGCACGCCGUCUGGCCCGAGCAGAAACUUGCAUACAACCUCUCGCCGUCCUUCAACUGGAAACGCGCCAUGUCCUCGUCGGAGCAAGAGACGUACAUCCAGCGCCUCGCCGAGCUGGGUUAUUGCUGGCAAUUCAUUACCCUGGCCGGCCUCCACUCGACCGCGCUCAUUUCCGACACCUUCGCCAAAGCCUUCGCCAAGCGCGGCAUGCGGGCCUACGGCGAACUCAUCCAGGAGCCCGAGAUGGAGAACAAAGUCGACGUCGUCACCCACCAGAAGUGGAGCGGUGCCAACUACAUCGACAACAUGCUCAAGAUGGUGACUGGCGGUGUCAGCAGCACCAGCGCCAUGGGCAAGGGUGUGACGGAGACGCAGUUCCAUUAA